AUGAAAACAGAAUCGGAUAAUGAAAUUGAGACUUUAUAAACGAUGUGGAAAAACAUAAAGUAUUAUGAUAUCUAAUCAAUAGACAACGUAUGGAAUCUAAACAUGAUGACUCAGAUAUUUUGUAACAGCCUCCAUAAUAGAUUACAAUCAAUAGCCCAUAUGCUGCUAAAAAUUAUUAAGUGCAAAUUUAAGCUUUGCAGGAUGAAUUGUUCCAAAAAAACACUAAAUUAAUAGCUGCUCAAUAAUAAUUGAAUUAAAUUAGCGAUGAAAAUUCAUAGUUAUAAGAUGAAUUAGAGUAAGUGAAAGUUGAAAAUUCGUUAAUGAAAUAGAAAUUAGAAUUAAUAGAAUCACAAAUAGAUUCGAUUUAAGCAGAUAAGGACAGUCUAAAAUUAAUAAGGUUAGAGAAUGAAUAGUUGAGAAUUGAUGUAAAAAAAUUACUUGAAUUAUUAAGAAAAACAAAGGAAUAUAAUAAUAUAGGUUUUGAUGAAAAUUAAUCAUACGUUAAAGGGAGUGUUAAAUUUGACACCAGGAAAUCUAAAAUUGAUGAAACGUAUACGAUUAUUUAAAUGUAUUUAUAGGAAUUGGGUUCCCACAAAAUGUAUAGAAUUGAUGUAAGAUUAUGAUAAUAAGGAAGAAGUCUUGUUGCAAUUGAGUAACUAAUUUCAUAAUUGUUAUGAUGAAAAGAUAAAUAAAUUAAAAUAGAAUUCUCAAUAAGAAAUUGAGUAAUUAAAAAGGCAAUUGGAUAGCAGAACUACAGUAGAUGGAAUGCAACAAUAGAAGUAAAUAGAAAGAUUGAAAAAAUAAAAAAAUGGAAGUGGCAAGGAUAAAGUGGGCAUUUCUUAAUUGCAAGAUUGCUUUAAUUUGAUCAAAUAAAAGGAAUUAUUGAUCAUAGAACUUUAGUAAAGGAUCCAAGAGAUGAAUUAAUAAAUGAAUGCAGAUGAAAAUUAUAGCAGUAUGAAAAAACAAGUAUUCAUUGAAGGGGCUUAAUGGAUGUGUAUUAAAUAAUCUAAUAAUAAUUAGUGGCUAAGAUAUUGGAUGAAGUAAUAGCUUAUGAAAUUAGUUUAAAUGAGUUGAACUAUGAUGUAGCAAUUAAAAUAGAGAGUCUAAUGAGUUCUGAAGAUAUAGUUUAAUAAUAAAUCAUAAACAAAGUCUAUUAUUGGAUAACUGAUACUUCAAGAGAAUUAAUUGACACUUUUAAAGAUAAGCUACAAUCAAUUAUGAAUACUACAAAUAGUAGAAUUUAAUAGUUAUGA